CUCAGUUUGUUUGGCAAGAAAGAAAAUCGGCCGAGAAAGUGAAGGAAAAAUCCAGAAAAAGAAAAAGAAAAAUUAAUGGCUCCUCACGGCGACAAAUCGGACGCUACCGAGGAAGCCUUGGUUUCCGAAGCUGAGAAGCGCCCCAUUUCCACCAUCCUCCUCGUCAUCGCUAUGCAGACUGAAGCGCUUCCAGUGGUGAACAAGUUCAAUCUCACAGAGGAUCCUGACUCCGUGUUCCCAAACGGGGUGCCUUGGGUUCGGUAUCACGGUUCUUACAAAGAUCUUCAGAUUAAUCUAGUUUGGCCUGGAAAAGAUUCUUCUUUGGGGGUUGAUUGUGUAGGCACAGUUUCUGCAUCUCUUGUGACCUAUGCUUCCAUUCAAGCAUUACAACCUGACCUAAUUAUCAAUGCAGGCACUGCUGGUGGUUUUAAGGCCAAAGGAGCUUGCAUCGGUGAUGUGUAUCUCGCAUGUGAUGUUGCUUAUCAUGACAGAAGGAUACCUAUUCCUGUCUUUGAUCUAUAUGGAGUUGGUUUACGGCAAGCCUGUGCGUCACCGAAUCUUCAAAAGGAACUUAAUCUGAAGGUUGGUAAACUGUCCACUGGAAACUCUCUAGAUAUGUCCCCACAGGACGAAGCAUCGAUCAUUGCAAAUGAUGCUACAAUUAAAGACAUGGAGGGGGCAGCUGUUGCUUACGUUGCAGAUCUGUUGAAAGUCCCAAUCAUAUUUGUUAAAGCAGUGACUGACAUAGUAGACGGUGAAAAACCAACUGCUGAAGAAUUCUUGAAAAAUUUGGUAGCUGUAACUGCUGCUCUUGAAGAGAAGGUCACCCAAGUCAUUGACUUUAUUAAUGGAAAGUGCCUCUCUGAUCUUUGAAGCAUUUCGUUCAAUCAUAUUAUAGUUAUGAAACAUUAUGUGAAGAAAGAACGAAAAGUUUAUCCGUCAAACUGCGAUUCGUUAGGUUUCUGCAGAUUUUUGUAAGUUGUUAUUUUAAAGAUCCAGGAAGAACUGAUCAUAGUUUGUGUAACUAUGUAUUUAAACAAUACUAGCCUUCAUGCGAGCGCUCA